GUGGGCUUCAGGCAAGGGGGCGUGGACAUCUUUGGCAGAAGGACCCAGUUGGAGGUUGUGCUCUCAGUCAUGCUGCUGGUCUUCCUGCAGUCUCUUCUGGCCUGCCUGGUGGUUCUGGGACAUGGAUUCAGCUCAGACAGUGGGCAUGGCCUGUGCCUGUCUCCGACGUGCAUCAAGGUGGCGAGUCAGAUUAUGGAGGCGAUGGAUCGCAGUGCAGACCCUUGCCAGGACUUCUACCAGUUCUCCUGUGGGGGCUGGAUCAGGAAGAACCCUCUGCCUGAGGGACGCGCUCGCUGGUCCACCUUCAACAACGUCUGGGAGCAGAACCAGGCACUGCUCAAACAACUGCUGGAGAACAAGAAAUUUAACAGCAGCAGCGAGGCAGAGAGRAAGACUCAGUCCUACUACCUGUCCUGUCUCAACACGCAGAGGAUCGAGGAUCUGGGAGCUCAGCCGCUCGUGGACCUCAUUGCCAAGUAACUACAUGAUGUGGACUCUGGUCCAGAAGAGCGUGGYCACKCUGGAUCAGCGCUUCGAGAACGCUCAGGACAAACUGMUGGAGAGYCUCKASGGAACCAAGAAGUCGUGCACUCCACGCUGGCAGACCUGUGUUGGGAAAACCGAUGAAACUCAGGGCUUUGCUCUUGGGGCACUCUUCGUCAAGGCAACCUUUGAUAAACACAGUAAAGAAAAUGCAGAAGAAAUGAUCAACGAGAUCCGUUCGGCGUUCAAACAGUCUCUGGACCGACUCACCUGGAUGGAUGAUGAAACGAGAAAAGCUGCCAAAGAUAAGGUAGAUGCAAUCUAUGACUUGAUUGGUUACCCAGAAUUCAUCCUGGACCAGAAAAAGCUGGAUGAUUAUUACAACGGGUAYGACAUAUCUGUUGACAGCUUCUUCCAGAACAUGUUGAAUUUCUACAACUUCUCAGCCCGAGUCAUGGCCAACCAACUGAGGAAGACUCCCAACAAAGACCUAUGGAGCAUUACUCCUCCUACAGUGGAUGCAUUCUACAUACCCACUCAGAACAGCAUUGUCUUCCCUGCUGGGGUCCUACAAGCUCCUUUCUACGCCCAAGACCAACCCACAGCGUUGAAUUUCGGGGCGAUCGGGGCRGGGAUGGGUCACGAGCUGACCCAUGGCUUCGAUGAUGAGGGCCGUGAGUACGAUAAAGAGGGGAACCUGAGACCCUGGUGGACGAAUUCAUCCUUGAAAGCGUUCCGGCAGAGAACAGAGUGCAUGGUGGACCAGUACAGCCACUAUGUGGUCAAUGGAGAGCACGUGAACGGAAAGCUGACGCUAGGAGAGAACAUCGCUGACAACGGAGGGCUGAAAGCAACGUAUCAUGCGUACCGCUCCUGGAUCCAGAAGAACGGAGAAGAGAAGACACUUCCUGCGGUCAACCUGACCAACGACCAGCUCUUCUUCGUGGGAUUGGCACAGGUGUGGUGCACGGUCCAAACACCGGAGAGCGCUCACAAGGACCUGCUGACAAACCCCCACAGCCCCCCCAGGUACAGAAUCAUCGGCAGUCUGGCCAACUCUCCGGACUUCAGCCGCAACUUCAACUGUCCGGAGGGCACGCCGAUGAACAGCGGGAAGCGCUGUGAGGUGUGGUAGAGCGGUGCAGAGAGGACUGGCUGGAGCUGCUGGGUAAUUAGUGAAUCUGUUAACGAACARGUUAACGAGCUCGUUAGUGACGUGGAUUCUGCAGGUGUUGAGGAGCCUUCAGACGUGUGUKUAAUCUUYACUUCAUCUGUUAAUUAGCAACGAUCAGACUCACUUCCUUGGAAACCAAAUGGACUCUUUGGACUUCAGAGACCUGAAAGACUGACGACAACGAUGACGACGACAACGACGACGACGACAAUGACGAUGAAACACAUGAGACAGUGUUGUUGUUUUCUGCGUUCUCAAUGUUAUUAAUUAUUAUUAUUGGGCUUUGGUGUGUGGGGGUGGGGGAGUGUUUUGUAAUUCUGAUGACAUCACUGUGAUGACCUCAUACCAAACUGACAUCAUCACUGUGCUGCACUGUAUCCUGAUGACAACAUCGCUUUGUGACACUGUAUCUGAUGACAUCAUCACUGUGCUGCACUGUCUCUGAUGACAUCAUCGCUGUGCUGCACUGUAACUGAUGACAUAAUUGCUGUGCGACACUGUAUCUGAUGACAACACUGUGCUGCACUGUAUCCCCAUGACAUCAUCACUAUGUGACACCAUCCUGAUGAUGUAAUCACUGUUCAUCUCAUGUUUGUUUUGUUGUUGUUAUUUUAAAGAGCUGCUUUCUGCCAAAGAUGUGUGUUUGUGUGUGUCUGUGUGUAUACAUGUGUUUGCUACUAUCUUCCUGGUACACACAGGUUAGGGUGGACCCACUGUUUCUUAUGGGGACAAAAGCMMGGUCCCUAUUGGCUGAAAUAAGGUUGGUGGUCAGGGUUUAGGGUUAGGGUCAGGCCAUAAAAAUUACCUGUAAAUGAAUGGAARUCAGUGCAAAGUCCCCAUGAGGAUAGAAGAACAAAYAUGUUUGUGUUUGUGUGUGCGCAUGCACUGCUUCAUCUAUACUUGUGARGACCUUCAUCUCUAUGUGUUGAACCAUGUGAGGACGUUUAGGAAAGUGGAAUUGAGGUGGUUCCUCAAAGGGCUUUUAGAGUCGGGUUUAGUUCAGGAGUUUAGCAACAAUUUGUGUUUUAGAGAAAUAAAUCAAUAAAAUAAAAAAAGCUGCAUCA